AUGAUUUGCCUUUGUCGUGGACUUGUGGAGAAAAAGACAGUGGAGGCGCACGGAGGAGAAAAAGACAGCAAAGGCGCACAGAGGAGAAGGAGACAACGGAGGCGCGCAGAGGAGAAGGAGACGGCAGAGGCGCGCGGAGGAGAAGGAGACAACGCGGAGUGUUACUUGUCAUCAAAAACACCAAGUGGGUUGAGAAGGCUCAGAGAAGAGGAGUUGGGGCGAUUAAGAGGGAAUGGAGAAGGGGAGCGCAAGAGCUUUGACAGAAUAUAUGAUUAUGAUGUAUACAAUGAUCUUGGGGAUCCCGAUUCCAACACUGACCUCCGAAGGCCUGUUCUUGGUGGCACCAAACAACAUCCAUAUCCAAGGCGGUGUCGUACGGGUCGAACGCACUCUAAUUCAGACCCAUCAUUUGAGAAGAGAAGUUCAAGUUUCUAUGUUCCUCGUGAUGAGACAUUUUCUGAUAUAAAACAGUCACAAUUCACAAUGACAUCAAUAUCCUCAGGACUUAGUGCAAUUUCAGAAUUCUUUGAUGCAAUUCUCAUUGACCAAAAUCUUGGAUUUAGAAGCUUUGAAGACAUAGACACUAUCUACAAAGAAGGGUUUCAGUUACCAUCUCUUGAAGAUAAUGGCUUAACAUUUCUACAAAGCACCAUUCCUAGGUUAAUCAAGACUGCUAAUGAUAGCAAAAACCUUUUACGCUUUGACGCCCCAGAAACAAUUAAAAGGGACAAAUUCUUUUGGUUUUCAGAUGAGGAAUUUGCUAGGGAGACUUUGGCAGGGGUGAACCCAUAUAGCAUCAAAUUGGUCAAGGAAUGGCCUCUAAGAAGUAAACUAGAACCCCAAAUCUAUGGUCCACCAGAAUCAGCUAUCACCAGAGAAGUCAUUGAACCACAAAUAAUUGGUUAUGGCACAAUUGAAGAGGCCAUUAAAGAGAAGAAGUUGUACAUGUUAGACUACCAUGAUUUAUUUAUACCUUACGUAAGCAAAGUGAGAAAGAUAAAAGGGACCACACUAUAUGGAUCACGAACAUUAUUCUUUCUCACUAAACAAGGCACAUUGAAGCCACUAGCUAUUGAGCUCACUAGACCUCCUAUGGAUGGCAAGCCACAAUGGAAGCAAGGUGAAGGAGAAGGUGGAGGUGAUGGUGUUAAUGUGCAAUUGGAUGGUGGAGGUUCAAGCUUAAGUAAUCCAACUUUGGAUGCAUUUCAUCUUGACAAAAUGGUUUUUGAUGAUGAUCUUAGCAGUGAGCAUUCAUCCGAGGAAAAUGUUGAUGGAAAUGAUGAUGAAGACCUUGGAGUUGGAGAUGAUAUUAUUAGAGGAUUAGACAUGAAAAUUUGA